CAUAUUAUGAUAUGACUAAAAAGUUUAAAUCAGAUAUCAUUUCAUCGAUAUUUACAAACCUAAGUUAGUUAACAUACAUCUUGAAAGACAAGCUUGAACCAUUCAAUGUUCGUAAUAUGACAUCAACUCCAUUAUUAUCAUCUGAUAAUGAUAUUGAUAACGAGAUCUUUUCACAACUAGAAACAAUAAUCAACAAAAGGAAAUAUGAAUCACCUUCAUCAUCAAGUAAUGUAAUCAUCUUCACUACAACAUUAACUUCAGAGUUAAUUGACUUUCUAUCAGAUGAUUUCAAUUUCGAAAUUAGUUUACGAUUAGUGGGAAAUUUCAAAGAGCAAGUUAAAAUAUCCAAUAUUAAGGAUAAGCCAUUACGAUUUAAAGCAUUGAUUCAAAAUUUAUUUACAAGAUUGGUAUUAAAUUACUUAAAUAAUAAUCAGAAAGUAUGGGCUCGAAUCAGAUUCUCGUAUAAUGAAUAUGGGAAACCAUCUAUAUUAGGGCAAACUUUCGCUUUUAACUCAUCAAGUUCAAACACAAUAAUGAGUAUGGUAGUAGAGUAUAGUUUUGAAGACAAUGGUAAAUCAAUAGGAAUAGAUUUAUCUCAUUCAUUACAGAAUGGAAUCUCAACCACUGAUUUUAUGAAUGAAUUCAAGCCUAUUUUCUCCCCGAAAGAGUAUGAAGUGUUGAAUUCAACUGAAGAGAAGUAUCGAUAUUUCGUGUUUAAUCAUAUUUGGACUUUAAAGGAAUCAUUUACAAAGUUAUUAGGGUGUGGAUUGAAUAUUGAUUUAUCACAGUUUGAGUUUGAUAUUGAGAGAUCUUUGAACUAUGAUAAGGAAGAAGAUGUAGUGGAAAAUAACUAUCGUGAUGAAGUGGCUUUUGGAUAUAAUCUCAAUUGGAAUAAUAAUAUUAAAAUCAAUGUGGCUAAAUUAAUUGAGAAUAAGAAUCAAUUCAUUUUAAAAGUAAUUGAUGAUCAAAAACAAAACACACCCCAGUUCUAUAUUCACUCAGCCAUACUCAAACCCAAAUCAAAUGGUCAAUUGCCGGUUAUCUUAUCUUUCAUAGGUCAAAAUCAAAAUAUUACAAUUUCAAAUUUUGAAAUUAAUUUUUUAGAUAUACUAAGAAAAUAUGCAUAAUACACUAAACUUAUUUAUAUCUCAUCUAACAAAUACACAUCCAAUCCACUUUUUGAUCUAAUCAGUAUAUAUUUAUAUCUAUAAACGGUUAAUAUUAAUGUAAA